AUGCAAAGCAACACAACUGAGUCCAUCAGCCGAGGUCAUACCUGCGUGUGCGCCGUUGUGGGCGGCUGCCGCAGCCGGAAUGUGUCCGGGAUGCCCGUGAAGCUCUUUCAACAUCUAGACUUUCUUCAAGGAAAUGCACAUGUUCGUGUAAAGAUGCACGCGCAACGCAUCUGGGAUGCUACCAGCAACACUCUGCCAGCGUCUGCCUUUGUGUCAAGAAAUUACGUUCGGGGCCGUGCGCUAUGGCAAGUCCGCACAGCUCAGCUCCUGAAUUGUGUGCUGCCAGCUCAACCAGGACCAAGGAACUACCCUGCAGUCCUCUGCGGCUCAACGCGCCGCAUCCAGGUGCUGCCACGGCGAAGGCGCCGCCAACGCCUGCCUUGA